CGAACGCUGUCUGCGGUGCUGAAAUAACACGAGUGCAUGAGAUUUCACAUCCAGUCUGCGUGGAGAGGAUGAGGGGCUUUCACAUGUCCACACAGCUGCUCAUGUUAAGCUGUUUUUGUGCCGUGCCGUGGGUCUUGGCUGAGAGCUUGACUGCUCCAGUGAACGUGUCCAUCAGAGAUCUAAAGGCCAGUUCUGCUGUAGUGACAUGGGACACACUGGACGGGGAGUCCGUCAUUGGAUUUGCCAUAACACAGCAGAAAAAAGAUGUUCACAUGCUGCGUUUUAUCCAGGAAGUCAACACUACCACGAGGAGCUGUGCAUUGUGGGAUUUGGAGGCAGAUACGGAUUAUAUUGUGCAUGUUCAAUCUAUCGGUAUAGAUAGACCAAGCCCCCUCAGUGAACCACUGCAUUUUAAAACCCUGAAGGAAGCUGAAACACAGGCUUCUAAAAGCAAAGAUGAAGUAACAAUGGAAGAAGUGGAACAGAGCACUCAGCUGAGGGCAGGAGAAAUCAUCAUUAUUGUGGUGGUACUGGUUAUGUGGGCAGGUGUGAUAGCUCUCUUUUGCCGUCAGUAUGACAUCAUCAAAGACAACGAGCCAAACAAUAACAAGGAUAAAGCCAAGAACUUGUCAGAAUGCAGUACACCUGAGCACCCAACCGGGGGACUGUUACGGAGUAAGGUAUAACCACUACCACUCGAGAGUCCAGUCGACACUAGGCAGUUCCUCAAAAACAAAAAUAACCGAACACCAUCUGUGAACAUCAUCAGAGUGUGACAGGACUUAAUUACACUUCUAAGGACUCAGCUUUUACCACAAUGCAAAAGAAUGGCCAUAAGUGCGCAUCCACUUUCAAAAUAAUCCAGCAAUUUUGGAAAUUUUCUGAAAGCUGGAAUAAUUCUGGAGGCCUGUGCACAGUGGCACUUACUGUAAGAGAGGCCAGAAAGGUGAACUUUCAUACGGUCCUUCUCUGACUCCAGUGGUUUGGAGAUAUCUGUGGUUUCCAGACAGGAGAAAUCCACAGAACGAAAUGCAAAGAAAGGAUUAACCCUUCUCUUUUAUCUCUAAACAAACAACUGAUGUUGGCGUCAUUACAGAGAUUUGCACAAGGAGAUCAGUGAACACAAGAAAAAACGCUUCGAUCAGCACCUACUCUAAAUCCUCCUCUUUUCAACUUGAAAACUCUUGAGCAUAGCUCUCAAUUUUUAUCUUGUUUAUCCUGUUUUCUCUUCACAUUUUUCAAAUGGCAUGUCCUUCCUCUACUCAAUGGUGAUGAAAGCUUUUAAAAACUCUUUGCUGUAAGCCACUAAAUUAAGUGCAUUAAAUACACUACCAGUCAAAAGUUUGGACACACCUACUUAUUCUUGAUUAUUGCAGUUUUUCACACUUUAGAAUAACAGUCAAAUCAUCAAAGCUUUGAAAUAACAGGUAGUGACCAACCCUAUCCAAUCCAACACAUCCAUUUCACAAAAUGUAUCUAAUCAUUUUAUAUUAGCCUACGAAACUAAUUUCAAGAUUUUAAGUAUACACUUUUAGAUCUAAAAAGUGUAAAGAUUGUGAAAAACAGUCAAGUGUGUCCAAAUGUUUGACUGGUACUGUAGACAGAAAACUGACUAAUAAACAGUCCUGAGUACAGAUGUUUCACAUCAUCAAGAUCCUCCAAGGCUAAAUCAAGCCUUACAUUUGCCAAACUAUUAAGCGAUAAUGGCUUGAUUCAAAUGGCUUAUUACCUCUCAGCGAAAGAAGCAUUUAUCCUAGCUGGCUUAUUUUGGGCUGGUUGAUUUAAGUUUGUUAGAGCAGUAGACAGAGAGAUCAGAGUAUCGUGGAAUAAUUUCACUGACUGCUCUCAUUUUUGGCAUAUAGAGGAGACUUCUAUAUUUGAUUGUGUUGUUAUCGUUCAUACCUACAGAGGUACAAACAAAACUAGUAUACUAGAUUCCAGUGUUUGGGAGUUAACCUUAAAACAUAUAAUUUAAAGCAGGUAGACUAUAAUAAAGCCGCUCAUGUGCGUUUGAUUAUUGCCUCAGAUAACUCGGAUGUAAAGUGAUGUAGCAAUUUGUUGCGUUACACAGCUACUCGUUGGGAAAAACUAACUUGUUACUUUGUCUCAGCCUCAGACGGCAUGCCCACGACCAUCUACAGUUUGUGCUCUAACCGUCUGAUGCACACAGCACACAAAAUCUGGAAAUGCUUUCUCGAACCAUGGAACUUCCGCGAGUAGAAGCAAACAGGAAUUUUCAUCAGUCUGCCUAGUUACUGAGUCUUGUUCACAAGGUUUCAUGUUAAUACAAUGAGCGCUUUUGAGGACAAAAUUAUCACCAGAUUUGUUGAAGUUUGCCAUGUUAGUGACAUCAAAUCUUUUAAAGAUAUUCAGAGUUUCGUUUGAGGCACGUAGCAGAAAGCAAAGUGGAUAUCCACAAGCAUAACUGCAUAUUCUGCUUUGUUUACUUUGUUAUGUCUGUAAAAUACUCUGUGAUGAAGUUUUUUUUGUGCUGUUUUUUGCACUUUCUACACAUUUUCUGCUAUUGUCCAGUGUGUUUUCUGAGCAAUCGCUCGCGGAGACUGCUGUGCCAUUAUAUAAAUUAUUUCUUUCCCUAUGAUGGCUUCUCCUGUCUAAAUGGGCAGUUCUUUUCCAAUUGAAGCUGCUAUAGAUCCCAGACCUUUACCGAAGUCAAAGGUCUGGCUACGUGAGACUACUAAAAAGCUACAGUAUUUUGAAAACAGCUAAGCUGUCAUAAUACUGAAAAAUGUUGUUAGUAGAAUCGCAAUUUAUUUACUAAUUAAGCCGGGUUUACACUUUAUGAUUUUACCAUCUGAGACAAAUUUCGCAAAGCGUAAAGAAUUUAGUCAGCUCUCUUUGAUCAUUUAGUGUGACAUGUUUAUCGGUGGCCGAUUAAAGGAGCAUUCUGUGUUCAAUACAAUUUAAGCUCAAUUGACAGCAUUUGGGGCAUAAUGUUGAUUACCAAUUUUUCUCUAAAAAAGCACACACAAAAAAUCGAAGUUACAGCAAAGUACUUGGAAGUGAAUGCCACCAAAUUUAGAGGGUUUAAAGGAAGAAAUGUGAAGCUUGUAAUUAUUUUAUAAAGCACUUUCAUUUAUUCAUAAAUCUCUUGUAUUAUUUGAGCUGUAAAGUUGAUUAAAUCAAUCACUUUUAUGGUAAUUUUAGUGUUGAUGGCAUUGUGUCACCAUGGCAAUAAAAUGUUAAAAUUUGAUUUAACUUUACACAGAAAAGGUAAGUAAGCAAUUUUAUCACGCUAAAAUCAUGUUAACAUGCAUAUUGCAUAUUGUCUUGUGGCUACACUUUUAAAACAGUGAGUAUUUUAACGUUUAUGGAUUGGCCACAUUCACGUCCAUCGUAAGUGCCUCACUGUAACCCAGAUUUUUGCUUAUUCAGGAGGGAAAACAUUUAUAAUAUUGAAUUUUUGUGGUAAUCAACAUUAUGCCACAAUUGUCGAUUGAGGUUAACUUGUAUUGAACCUGGAAUAUUCCUUUAAAUGCCUUUGCGAUUGAUCUUAGCCUCCAACGUUCUGGCAGUCAGUUGUGCAGUGACUGCUCCAGUGACCACUAGAUAAGGUAAAACACUUAGUCAGCGCUGUCAAUCACGACAACUGGGACCAAAGACUUGGCUACGAUGUGUAUCGCACAGUCUGACAAGCAACAAUUGUAAAGGACAGUAAAAAUCAUACAGUGAAUACCUGGCUUUACUCCCCAACACUUAAAUGCUAUUAUUGUAGUUUUGUUUGGUUGUGCAUAUUUACUCUCACAUAAUGUAUAUUCUGUAAUUAGACUCAUAGUAGUAGGGCUGUAUAAUUUAAACAUUCCAAUAGUGUUUGUGUAAGUUCUACAAUUUCACAGAUUGUCUUAAUAGCAAUAUGUUGUAAAUGUCUCUGGUGAGGGGUUUUAAUAGUUUUAAAGGUGUAAGAAAGAAUUUUGUGGUUUUCUGAAGUCACAUCCACACUAAUCCAUUUGAAAGUUUCCAAAUAUCAUAAUUUUCCAAGGUAUGCGGUUAUGGAGAGUUCUGGUGGGAAUGUGAGGUGUAACAUAGUGAAAUGAAUGCGUUUUCGAUCGAAAAUGUGAUUGCGUGAAUGUGAUCGUGGCCUAAAAGAUGGAGCAUAUACUGUAUUCUCUGGCUUGACACUCGAAUAUACAACUUUUAUUCUUAUAUUUCUUUGCAGGACAUCCACUGUGCUUUCUCAUGGAUGUCCAUGUUGUCUCUGGGGGAGACUAACCGCCUCUCUAAACAAGGGCUGAACAUGUUUCACAUCAGCAAUAACACAAUGGGGCAUGUGACCGGCCUUCAUGCAUUGCACUUAAUUGAUGGGACUGUCAAUGGCGGUCAAUAACUUCAAAAUUAUGGGAAUUAAAGGACUACAAUCACUGUAACUAUGUUCUCAAUAUACUGUGUGUAUUUUCCACACUCUCAUGCAACCAUUAAUUGUCAUUAAAUCUGAUCCAUGGAACUGAAAAAGUCUUUUGUGCUUUGUUACACACUUUAAAGUGAAUUGUAAAAUGUAUGCACUACUAGCAUCAGCAAACAGAACUGCAAAAUUAAU